CUUCAUACCCUGCGGAAGGGAUCCUGUGGGUGUUCGGCGGCUUGAAUGGCUGACAGCUUAUGUCUCACUGUGGCUCUUCAAGACCUUUGAGGACACAAUGAUGAAAUCAAGUUGUAAAGGUCAAGGUACACCUUGUUAACGGUUGUCAGAUGCAACUUGAAGUUGUUCCAGGGAGACAGGAAGGUGACUUGGAGUCGCACUUGCACAUUUGGGACUUACACUGUACUGCACUGUACGUGCCAGAACCGCAAUUAAUUACAUAAUCGGACUCGUGCCCCUCGACGCGUCCUGCCUGUAGGCCCAACGCGACCCCUCCAACCAUGCAAACCUUCCAUAAUCCAUUACACAAACGACUUUCGCCGGCGAUCCGGAGUCAUCAAAGAUCCAUUCGUACUUUGAUCUAAGCAAAAUGGCUCAGCAACAAAUCACCCAGGGCGUAAUAGAGGCUAUUGUCACCAACGAAGAACGCGCGGCAGCCCAGUUUCCCGUGCCGGUGCUGCAAUGUCUACAGAUCAAGACUCUCGAAGCGAAAGGGGCGACGACUGGCGGCCCUGAGAGAUACCGCAUCAUUUUGAGCGACAUCCGCCAUUAUGUGCAGUGUAUGCUAGCGACCCAGGCAAACCACGUCGUCCACGAUGGUCUACUGCAGCGCGGCUGUAUUGUCCGCAUGAAGAAAUACCAGCACCAGACUAUCAAGGGCAAAAGUAUUCUGGUCAUUCUGGACCUCGACGUCAUCUCCUCGCUCGGCAUUUUGGACAAAAUCGGCGAGCCCGCACCUAUCACACCCCCCGAGACGAAAGGACCUGAGGCACAGACCACCACAAUGGGCGGCGCCGGCUUUUAUGGUGUCAAGAGCGAGCAGACCCAGGAAUCCAAAACCCAAGUGCAGAAGCAGUUGUCUUCGCGAACCGGCGGCGGGAGUGACCGGCACGGGGCGAGCACUAUAUGCCCGAUCGAGGCGCUAUCUCCGUACGCACACAAAUGGACCAUCAAGGCUCGGGUCACGAGCAAGUCGGACAUCAAGACGUGGCACAAGGCUAGCGGCGACGGCAAGCUGUUCAGUGUGAAUUUCUUGGACGAGAGCGGCGAGAUUAGGGCGACGGGCUUCAACGAACAAGUCGAUCAGUUCUACGACCUGCUUCAGGAAGGCCAAGUCUACUAUAUCUCGAGCCCUUGCAAGGUGAACCUAGCCAAGAAGCAGUUCAGCAACCUUCCCAAUGAUUACGAGCUCACAUUUGAGCGCGACACAGUCAUCGAGAAGGCAGAAGACCAAAGCUCUGUCCCGCAGGUGCGCUUCAACUUUGUCAAUAUCCAGGAGCUCUCAGAUGUUGAGAAGGAUGCAACGGUGGAUGUUAUUGGCGUCUUGAAGCAGGUGGACGAGGUGACAUCCAUCACUUCCAAGACAACCCAGAAGCCCUACGACAAGCGCGAGCUUACCCUGGUUGACGACACUGGUUUCUCGGUGCGCGUGACCAUCUGGGGCAAGACGGCGACCGAGUUCGAUGCGCCUCCGGAGUCCAUUGUUGCCUUCAAGGGCACGCGAGUCAGCGACUUUGGCGGGCGCAGUUUAUCUCUCUUGUCGUCGGGCACGAUGGCUAUCGAUCCUGAUAUUCCCGAUGCGCAUCGGCUGAAGGGGUGGUACGACUCUAGCGGCAGGAAUAAUGCGUUCCAGACACACAACAACCUGUCGUCGGUUGGGGCUGCCACCGGCCGCACCGAUGACACCAAGACGGUGGCGCAGGUAAAGGAGGAGAACCUCGGGUUCGACCAACCCACCUACUUCACGCUCAAGGCAACGAUUGUGUACAUUUGGCAGGAAAACUUUGCCUACCCGGCGUGCCGCAGUGAAGGGUGCAACAAGAAGGUGACCGACAUGGGCGACGGCACGUGGCGGUGCGAGAAGUGCAACAUCAACCACGACCGCCCGCAGUACCGCUACAUUAUGAGCAUCAACGUCAACGAUCACACGAGCCAGCUGCGGUUGAACUGCUUCGACGACGCGGCCAGGGUCGUCAUGAACGGCAAAACAGCCGACGAGCUGAUGGAGAUGAAAGAACAAGAGUCACCCUCGCGGCUGGCGGCCGAGUUUGAAGCGGCCAAUUGCAGAAAGCUGGUUUUCCGAUGCCGCGCAAAGCUGGAUACAUACAACGACCAACAGCGAGUUCGCUAUCAGGUCAUGAGUGUCGCACCGCUGGACUACAAGGCCGAGGCCCACAAGCUGGCAGAUUUGAUUAAGCAAAUGAGUGUCUAACAAGGAGAGAAUGAAUGAGUUUACGAG